GUUUUCUUAGUAUAAAUAAAGUGUCCGCGCCUUUCGUGAAUCAUAUUGAACACAUAAGCAAGAAGAGUUUCUAAGAAGACGUGUACGUUACUUCGAGGUUAAUCGUGUAAAGAUGCAGAUCUUCGUGAAGACCCUCACAGGCAAGACCAUCACACUAGAAGUGGAGCCCAGUGACACCAUUGAGAAUGUGAAGGCCAAGAUCCAGGACAAGGAGGGCAUCCCCCCAGACCAGCAGCGUCUGAUCUUCGCUGGCAAGCAGCUGGAAGAUGGCCGCACCCUCUCCGACUACAACAUCCAGAAAGAGUCCACCCUCCACCUUGUGCUGCGUCUCAGGGGAGGCAUGCAGAUCUUCGUCAAGACCCUCACUGGUAAAACCAUCACACUAGAAGUGGAGCCCAGUGACACCAUUGAGAAUGUGAAGGCCAAGAUCCAGGACAAGGAGGGCAUCCCCCCAGACCAGCAGCGUCUGAUCUUCGCUGGCAAGCAGCUGGAAGAUGGCCGCACCCUCUCCGACUACAACAUCCAGAAAGAGUCCACCCUCCACCUUGUGCUGCGUCUCAGGGGAGGCAUGCAGAUCUUCGUCAAGACCCUCACUGGUAAAACCAUCACACUAGAAGUGGAGCCCAGUGACACCAUUGAGAAUGUGAAGGCCAAGAUCCAGGACAAGGAGGGCAUCCCCCCAGACCAGCAGCGUCUGAUCUUCGCUGGCAAGCAGCUGGAAGAUGGCCGCACCCUCUCCGACUACAACAUCCAGAAAGAGUCCACCCUCCACCUUGUGCUGCGUCUCAGGGGAGGCAUGCAGAUCUUCGUCAAGACCCUCACUGGUAAAACCAUCACACUAGAAGUGGAGCCCAGUGACACCAUUGAGAAUGUGAAGGCCAAGAUCCAGGACAAGGAGGGCAUCCCCCCAGACCAGCAGCGUCUGAUCUUCGCUGGCAAGCAGCUGGAAGAUGGCCGCACCCUCUCCGACUACAACAUCCAGAAAGAGUCCACCCUCCACCUUGUGCUGCGUCAGGGAGGCAUGCAGAUCUUCGUCAAGACCCUCACUGGUAAAACCAUCACACUAGAAGUGGAGCCCAGUGACACCAUUGAGAAUGUGAAGGCCAAGAUCCAGGACAAGGAGGGCAUCCCCCCAGACCAGCAGCGUCUGAUCUUCGCUGGCAAGCAGCUGGAAGAUGGCCGCACCCUCUCCGACUACAACAUCCAGAAAGAGUCCACCCUCCACCUUGUGCUGCGUCAGGGAGGCAUGCAGAUCUUCGUCAAGACCCUCACUGGUAAAACCAUCACACUAGAAGUGGAGCCCAGUGACACCAUUGAGAAUGUGAAGGCCAAGAUCCAGGACAAGGAGGGCAUCCCCCCAGACCAGCAGCGUCUGAUCUUCGCUGGCAAGCAGCUGGAAGAUGGCCGCACCCUCUCCGACUACAACAUCCAGAAAGAGUCCACCCUCCACCUUGUGCUGCGUCUCAGGGGAGGCAUGCAGAUCUUCGUCAAGACCCUCACUGGUAAAACCAUCACACUAGAAGUGGAGCCCAGUGACACCAUUGAGAAUGUGAAGGCCAAGAUCCAGGACAAGGAGGGCAUCCCCCCAGACCAGCAGCGUCUGAUCUUCGCUGGCAAGCAGCUGGAAGAUGGCCGCACCCUCUCCGACUACAACAUCCAGAAAGAGUCCACCCUCCACCUUGUGCUACGUCUCAGGGGAGGACAGUAAAAGUUUCCCCUGCUUCUGUUCUGGCAAAUGUUACGAUUUUUUUCCUUCAAAUGUUCAGUGUUUUUUUUACUGAAGUCAUUAAAGGCUAAAUUAAUGCAAUUAA